CCAAAAAAACCCAGCCAAUUCGCUCAUUUCCAUUGGACGCAGCCAACUCCGCGUCCGCAAAGAAACUAGUCUACGCCGCCGCCUCGCCAACCUCCCCACGCCGGCCACCGCCGCACGGGCUCCGGCGACGAACGAGGGCGCUGCUCUCGAGCGCGAUGGGGGGCCGGAAGCGCGCGCUGCUGGUGGGCAUCAACUACCCGGGCACCAAGGCGGAGCUCAAGGGGUGCCACAACGACGUGGCCCGCAUGCGCCGCGCCCUCGUCGACCGCUUCGGCUUCGACGAGGCCGACAUCCGCGUCCUCGCCGACGCCGACCGGUCGGCGCCGCAGCCCACGGGGGCCAACAUCCGCCGGGAGCUCGCGCGCCUCGUCGGCGACGCCCGCCCCGGGGACUUCCUCUUCUUCCACUACAGCGGCCACGGGACGCGGCUGCCGGCGGAGACCGGCCAGGACGACGACACCGGCUACGACGAGUGCAUCGUGCCCUCCGACAUGAACCUCAUCACAGACCAAGAUUUCACAGAACUCGUUCAAAAGGUCCCAGAUGACUGCUUAUUCACCAUAGUAUCUGACUCCUGCCACAGCGGUGGUCUACUUGACAAGACCAAGGAGCAGAUUGGGCACAGCACCAAGCAGAACCAGGCCCAGCAGAUCAAGCGAGAAGAACGUUCUGACUCUGGCACCGGCGGUUUCCGAUCCUUCCUCAAAGAAACCCUCAAAGAAACAGUCCGGGACGCGUUCGAGUCUCGAGGAGUUCACAUCCCUCACCAGAGCAGCCGCCGCAACGACGACGAGGAUGAGGAGCCACACAUGGGCUCAUCCUCCCAUGGUGGCGAUCGCAUCAAGAACCGGUCAUUGCCCCUCUCGACGUUGAUUGAGAUGCUCAAGGAGAAGACCGGCAAGGACGACAUUGACGUUGGCUCGAUCCGGAUGACGCUGUUCAGCCUCUUCGGUGACGACGCGAGCCCCAAGAUCAAGAAGUUCAUGAAGGUCAUGCUGACCAAGCUCCAGGAGGGCCAGCACGGCGGCGUGAUGGGCUUGGUGGGCGCCCUGGCGCAGGAGUUCAUGAAGGCUAAGCUGGAGGGCAACCAGGAGGCGGACGCCCUCGAGCCGGCCAUGAAACAGGAGGUGCACAGCGUCCACGAGGCGUACGCCGGCACGACGGCGAGGGUGAGCAAUGGCGUGCUGAUUAGCGGGUGCCAGACCGACCAGACAUCGGCGGACGCCACGACGCCCAAGGGCGUGUCCUACGGCGCGCUCAGCAACGCCAUCCAGACCAUCCUGUCGGAGAAGAGCGGCAGGGUGACGAACAAGGAGCUCGUGCUGAGAGCGCGCGAGUUGUUGUCCAAGCAAGGGUACACCCAGCAGCCUGGCCUUUACUGCAGUGACAAGCACACCAGUGUGGCCUUCAUAUGCUGAGAGCCUGGAACAUCAGCUGUGCUGCGUGGAUUGCUACAUAUGCGAGAAUCUUCCCUUUCCCCUUUGAUGUUUUACAUUGUUAUGGAGUAUGGAGUCUAUUUGUUUUUUAAAUGAAAGACAACAUGGAGAGUGGUCGACUGUUAAUAUCAAGAGAAGAUGUUACAAAAUGACAGUAAAAUAAUCACCAAAUCCCAGCCACCGGGAAAUGCGAUUUGUUUGUCA